AUGGAACAGAGAGAUGAGCUAAAGGGGAGAUUAAAAACUAAAGAAAAGGCAAACAAAAUGUCAGAUAAUAACAUUGUUGGAAUAGAAUACAAUAGGGUAACAAACACAACAUCUACCGAUUUCCCAGGUCAUCAACAAUCAGGAGAUUAUUCUUGGAAUAUUGAAAAAUUUAAACAAAAUUUCGAUAUCGAUAUUUCUUAUAUUAGUGAACGUACUGCUAAUUUCGAUUUAGUUCAUAUUGAUACAUCCAUAGCCAAUGCAUUCCGUCGUAUAAUGAUUUCUGAAGUACCUUCAGUCGCAGCUGAAGCUGUAUAUGUAUUCAUGAACACUUCUGUUAUUCAAGAUGAAGUAUUAGCUCAUAGAAUUGGAUUAAUUCCAUUAAAAGUUGAUCCUGAUUUAUUAUCCUGGGUUGAUAAAACUCAAGAUGAAAAUGAAAGAUAUACUGAAGAUAAUACAGUUGUAUUAUCAUUGAAUGUCACAUGUACCAAAAACCCUCAUGCACCAAAAAAUUCAACUGAUCCUAAGGAUUUAUAUAGAAAUUCCCAUGUUUAUGCUCGUGAUUUAAAAUUCGAACCUCAUGGUACUCAAUUGGAAAGAUUUAAGAAUAAUCCAGUCGUCCCUGCCGAUCCAGAUAUUUUGUUGGCUAAAUUAAGACCAGGACAAGAAAUCUCAUUAAGAGCUCAUUGUAUAUUGGGUGUUGGUGGUGAUCAUGCUAAAUUCUCCCCUGUGGCAACUGCUUCAUAUAGAUUAUUACCAGUUAUAGACAUUAAAGAACCAAUAACUGGUGAAUUGGCUACUAAGUUUAAGAAAUGUUUCCCACCUGGAGUUAUUGGCAUUGAUAAGAAAGGACAAGCACAUGUGGUUGAUGCUAGAAAGGAUACUGUUUCUCGUGAAGUUUUAAGACAUAAAGAAUUUGAUGGGAAGGUUAAAUUGGGUAGAAUGAGAGAUCAUUUUAUUUUCAAUGUUGAAUCUACUGGUGCUAUGUCACCUGAAGAAAUCUUCUUUAAAUCAGUUAGAGUAUUGAAGAAUAAGGCUGAAUAUUUAAGAAACUGUCCAAUUGGUCAAUAA